UCGGGAGUCAAAACGUUAAGACGGAAAAUAUCGCUAGGAUAAAACUAAAGUCUUAGGAUACAAGAAAAAAAUUAGCGGUGAAAGUACGAAAAAAUAAAAGUGGAAAUUUCUUAGAUGAAAAAUGGCUGAUGACGAUAUAUUUGUAAAACGUGUAGACUUCGAAGUAAACAAUAAUCAAACGACACCAAUUAUCCCAACAAAUAUUAAUGGAAAUGCAAUAAUUAACGAUAUUGAAAAGUCAAAUGAACCAGAAGCAGCACCGUCAUGUACUACAAAAUUUUGCAUUUUUCUCGAAAAAUUUGGAAUAAAAUCUGCACUUAGUCAUAUUGGCCUGCUGUUGUCACUCGGUUUAUUUUGCUAUGGAGGCGGAUGGGUAUUUGUGACAUUGGAAAGGCCAGCACUUGAGGCUAAUGAAGCAGAACUUCGAGCCAGUAUCACCAUAGCACGUGAAAAGUUCAUUGAAGUCAUUCUCGACGCUCACACAGAAGAUUAUCUUGACAUUCAAUAUCUAACAGAACAACUUGAAGAAUAUGAACAAACAGCACAAGAUGCAGUUGAAGGCAACUUGCAGCUUGUUUUCGAAAAGUCAAACGAUACAGAAGUUGAGAAGUUUCCAGCAAAAGGAGAGAAAUGGUCAAUAAUGCAAGCCGUUUUCUUUGCUGCAACUGUGUGUACGACAAUAGGAUAUGGCAACAUCGUGCCUGCUACGUUCGAAGGAAGAUUAUUUUGUAUUUUCUUUGCAAUCAUCGGAAUCCCAUUCACGCUCACUGUUAUCGCUGAUUACGGUAAUCUUUUUGCCAAUUCCGUGUCAUGGAUUGCAAAAAGAUGUAAAUCGAUGAAAAUGUGUAAUAAAGACUCGAAGAUUCGAAAGUUUAAAGGAAGAAAAUGGUUAUACGCAAUCGGAGCUGUUAUAUUUCUUGGAAUUUAUAUAUCAGCUGGUGCUGCUGUCUUUGACGAAUGGGAAGAAGGGUGGACAUUCUUCGACGGAUUUUAUUUCUGUUUCAUCACAGUAACAACUGUUGGUUUCGGUGAUUUAGUUCCGGGAGAAUAUUUGAUGCUACUUUGUACAGUUUAUAUCCUAAUUGGUCUUGCAUUAACCAGUACAAUCAUUGAGUUAGUCCGUAGACAGUACAUUCAAAGUUGGCAAAAAUUACAACAAAUGAAACUUGGAUCAUUUGCUGAUUCUCUCAAGCGCCUUGGUGAAGCUCAUGGUGCAAUCGAUGUGAAUGAUUUACGAUCAAUACUUUCAGUCGUUUCGAUGCCCAAACGUGAUAAGAAAGAUAAGAAAAAUAGCGAAGGUGAAGUGGACACGUUAGAAGAACUUACAAAAGCAAUUCUUCGAGAAGUUAAAGUGAAACAAAUCGAGAAACCAAAACUCGUUCAAAUCAUCAUUUACGAAUCGUCAGUUUAAAUAUUUAAUAAUUCUACUCAUUCUCUUUCUCAUAGAAUUCAGUUACUUAUUGUGUAAGCAAUUAGACGUCCUUAACGAUAAUUUUUAAAAUUUACAGAAAGCCUAAACUACUCUCAUUUGAUAUUAAAAUGAAUCUUUUCUAGGAAGCACUUUUAUAAAUAAUUAAAUAAAAUAAAGUUUGUAGUCGAAUUCAUGAAGAUGAAAAGGAAAACAUGAA